UACUGCAUGCAACAUUCAGGCUGCAAAUAUGCGCAAUGCAAACAAACCGACUAACACAGUCCUGCACACACACGCUCCACUUUCCUGCUGCGUUCCUCGGUCUGUGCCGUUCCAUUUUAAGCUGUCUGCAAAGAAGACGAAGAUGAUGCUGCCGAACUGGCCGUAUCGUUUAACUGUGUUAUGGAUUAUUUUUUAUAGCCAUUACUGCUUAGCGCAAGCGCCAGCCAGCUCGAAUCUCUGCACGCCGUACGAAUCCUGUGGAGCGUGCAUCCAGGCGCAUCCCGGCUGUGCCUGGUGCGAGCAGGAAGAUUUUACACCGUACGUCAGUCGCUGUGAUCUGCCGUCCGUGCUCCUGGAGAAAAAGUGUUCCAACGCAAAGAUCGUCGAGCCGCAGAAUGUCCAGGAUCGUUACGUCGAUAAUCCGCCGAGCGAAGAGAUCCAGAUCGCGCCCCAAAAAGUGUCAAUGAAGAUGCGCCCACGCAGCACGAUGAGUUUGACGGUGAAGUUCCGGCAGACCCGCCGACCGGUAGAUCUCUACUAUCUGAUGGAUCUCUCCUAUUCCAUGUUGGACGAUAAGGUUAAGAUCGCCUCGCUCGGACGGACCCUCGCGGAGGAGAUGAACAACCUGACCACCAACUUCCGGCUGGGCUUCGGCUCCUUCGUCGACAAGACGCUCAUGCCCUACAUCAGCAUCGUUCCCAAAAAGGUGGUGGAGCCGUGUCCGUCGUGCGCGGCGCCGUACGGGUACAUCCAUCAUAUGACGCUCAGCGAGGAAGCGCACGAGUUUGAGACCAGGGUCAAUGACGCGCAAAUCUCCGGAAAUUUGGACGCACCGGAGGGCGGUUUUGACGCCAUGAUGCAGGCCAUCGUCUGCAAGAAAGAAGUAGGAUGGAGAGACAACUCCCGACGCCUGCUCGUGCUGUCCACGGACGCGGCCUUCCAUUCCGCCGGUGACGGAAAGUUGGGCGGCGUGGUGAACCGAAAUGACGAACUCUGCCAUUUAGUACCGAAAGCCAACGGCGAACUGCAGUACUCCGAGAGCACCGUCCAGGAUUAUCCGUCGGUAAGUCAGUUAGCCAAGGUGGCCGCCGAGAACGACAUCAACUUGAUCUUCGCCGUCACCGAAGCCGAACACGAGGACUACGAGCGGCUGUGCGCGCUGAUUAAAGGCUGCGUCACCGGUCAGCUGGCCACGGAUUCCUCCAACGUGGUCGAACUGAUCAAAGACCAGUACAACAAAAUCACGGAAUCCGUGCAGCUGGAGGACAACGCCCCGUCCGAGUUCGUCAAGCUGACCUACUACUCGUCCUGCAUGAAAGCGGCCGGUGCGCCGCGCGACAAGACCAAGGAAUGCAAAGGUCUUCGCAUCGGCUCCGAGGUCGAAUGGCGCGUCGAUAUCGAGAUUGUGGGCGUACCCAAAGGGCCCGGCCCGCACCGCUUUCCCUUCCGAAUCUCGCCGGUAGCCUCCAACGAGGAGACCUUCGUGGAGCUGGAGAUUAUUGCCACCUGCAACUGCGACAAAGCAGAGAUGCAGGUGACGCCGGAGAACGCGGCGCAGUGCAGUUUUAACGGCACGUACAGCUGCGGCGUGUGUAGCUGUAUGCCGGGAACGUUUGGGCGCAGCUGCGAGUGCAACGCGGACACGGUGCCCGGCGACGACAAGAAUAUCGGCUGCCGAGCCGACAACACGAGUGCCGUGCUGUGUUCGGGACGCGGACAGUGCGUUUGCGGUGAGUGCCAAUGCGACCCGAUGCAGUCGGUGAACGAAGUGAUCAGCGGCAAACACUGCGAAUGCGAUAACUUCUCCUGCGACCGCCACCAGGGGGCAGUUUGCGGCGGCCCGGAUCAUGGCACGUGCGAGUGCAAAACCUGCGUGUGUAAGGCCGGGUGGACGGGGCAGGCGUGCGAGUGUGAGGAGUCGACGGAUGCCUGCCGCAGUCCCAACGGGAAAUUAUGCAGCGGCCGCGGGCAGUGCGUAUGCGGCCGGUGCGCCUGUGAUUCGGAGGAAUACUCCGGCGCGACGUGCGAGCUGUGUCCGACCUGUCCCAGCCCGUGCGACACCUUUCGGCCGUGUGCGCAGUGCCGAGGCUUUGAGACCGGGGAACUGGCAGACAGAAAUCAGUGUGCCGCUAAUUGUAGCGUUUACAACAUCACGCUGGUGAAAGUGGCCGAAGCGGACUUGCCGGGGGAGACGGCGUGCUUGGGCCGCGACGCGAGCGACGACUGCACCUUUUAUUUCUCUUACUACGGGACGGAGCCGACCAGCAUCGAAGUGCAGCGCGAUAAAGUGUGUCCUGCCCCGGUGCAAGCCAUGCCCAUCAUUCUGGGCGUGGUCGUGGGCAUCGUUCUAAUUGGGCUGCUGCUGCUCUGUCUGUGGAAAUGCAUCGUCACCAUCUACGACCGUCGGCAGUACAAGAAGUGGCGCGACGAGGUGGAGAGCUCCAAGUGGCAGUCGCGUGCCGAAUGGAACUACGAAAGCGAAAACCCGAUAUACCAGAAACCGGUGCAGACUUAUAAAAAUCCCAUCUACGAGAAAGCCCCACCCGAAGGCUACCGUUGAGUCCAUGGAACCGGGCGCCGAAUUUUAUCGAUAGCAACACGAUAACGUAUUUUUUUUGUGCUUAUUAUUUUGCGCACGGCAUAUAAUUUAGCUCCAGAAUUUGAAUGCCGGAAUCUUUUUAAGGAGAUGUAACAAAUAACAUGAUGUUACAAUAUUAAAUAACUGGUAAAUUCA